AUGAACAUCAAUAUGUCAUUACCGUGGACUUUAUUUUGCUGUGAGCAGCAGAGUGAAAAAAAUGAAAUCAAGAAAACGAAUAACAGCAUAGAAAAUCUGAAAAAUGGGAAAGACAAAAUGAAAAUGAAACAGGAGAUCACACUGUUCAAUGGAGUUUCCUUAAUAGUUGGGAACAUGAUUGGAUCUGGGAUAUUUGUAUCUCCAAAGGGUGUUCUAAUGUACAGUGAAUCUUUUGGACUGUCCCUUAUUGUCUGGACAUUAGGAGGCAUCUUUUCCAUGUUUGGAGCACUGUGUUAUGCAGAGCUUGGGACAUCUGUCAUAAAGUCUGGAGCAAGCUAUGCCUAUAUACUGGAGGCUUUUGGAGGAUUUACUGCUUUCAUCAGACUGUGGUCAUCCUUAUUAAUAAUUGAACCUACGACACAAGCAAUUAUUGCAAUUACAUUUGCCAAUUAUAUUGUUCAGCCAAUCUUUCCAUUCUGUGAACCUCCAUAUGCAGCUGUUAGAUUAAUAGCUGCAGCCUGUGUAUGCACCUUGACAUUCAUUAAUUGUGUCCACGUUAAAUGGGGAACAAGAGUUCAAGACAUCUUUACAUAUGCAAAGAUUAUGGCCCUCCUGAUGAUCAUUUCUGUGGGUCUUGUAAAGAUCGGUCACGGCGAGACAGAAAAUCUCCAAAGUCCUUUUGAAGGGUCAACAAUGAAUGUGGGAUCUAUGGCUCUAGCCCUCUACUCUGCACUUUAUUCCUACUCUGGAUGGGAUACACUAAACUUUGUCACAGAGGAAAUGAAGAAUCCUGAAAGGAACCUCCCUCUUGCUAUUGCUAUUUCAAUGCCUAUUGUGACUAUUAUAUACCUUCUGACCAACGUGGCAUACUAUGUGGUGCUAGACAUGGCGUCUGUCCUGACCAGUGAUGCAGUUGCUGUGACAUUUGGAAAUGAAGUUCUUGGCCAUGCCAAAUGGCUGAUUCCAAUAGCUGUUGCUAUGUCUUGUUAUGGUGGCUUGAACUCAUCUAUAAUUGCAGCAUCAAGGCUGUUUUAUGUUGGAGCAAGGGAAGGUCACCUACCUGCAAGUCUAAGUCUGAUUCAUCUGCAGAACUUCACCCCAGUCCCUGCGCUUCUCUUUAAUGGGUUAAUGGCAAUUGUCUACCUGCUUGUGGAAGACAUAUUUCAACUCAUAAACUACUACAGCUUCAGUUAUUGGUUGUUUGUUGGCCUUUCUGUUGCUGGAUUAAUAGUGCUGCGAUUUACCCAACCUGAAAGGUCACGUCCUAUAAAGGGCUCCACCACCUCUAGUCAUAGGAAAUGUACAAGGUGCUCCUACUGUGUUUGGAUAUGGCUAGUUAAGCUUUAUGGAAUGCUCAGGAGAAGGAGGCCUGGUGGCAACCACAAUCUCUUCUACCAUUUUUCCUAUGCCAGGAAACCCAAGUGGGGUAUGGAACCAGAGUGUGUCUCCUAG